GUUGUAGUUGCAUUUAUAGUAGGUGUGCCUUAAUCUCUAAAGUUAUUUUCCAUACAUUGGUCCUUGCAGCUUGUCAAACAUAAACAUUCUUAUAUUAACAAUGGGCGGACAUCACGGAGAACCCUACACGGUGCCUCAUGCAUCGACAUACAAGGUAGAGAAUGUGCCUCAAUUGGUGGAAGUAAAAGAGGCACUUGCUCGCCAAGGACUGAAAGAUCCAUGGCUGAGGAACGAAGCCUGGCGCUAUGAACCCAAGGCUUUUGGAACACACAGAUCCCGCCUGAACACUUUCCUCUUCCGCGGAAUCGGCGUUGGAUUCUGCGCCUUCCUGGCUACCGUUGCCAUAGAGUACGGUCUCGGCAUUGGAAAGGGCCAGGGCGGCCACGGUCACGGCCACGAGGAACACGACGAUAAGGGCCACCAUUAGCUAAAUUGAAUAAACCCAUUGUGCUCUCGCUCCGAAA